CUCCCACCCCCACUCCCUCAUCCCCAAGUCGGAGAGUUGGGGCUCCGCCCUUUCCCCCUCCCCCUAUCGGGCGAGGGGCCGGCUGGCGGGCGAGGGCCCCGGAUCAAUCACAGCCGGCGGUGGGAGCGCCGCCCCGCUCCCGCCUACCCGCCGCCGUCGCCGCCGCCACCACCGCCAGUGGAGAUCCGGCUUCCAAGCGAGUUCCCACGGCCGGUGGGCAGCGGUCGCAGCUGCAGGCGGAGACAGGGGGCAGCGCCACCGCCGGCCAUCGGAGGGGGACGGGGGCGGGGAAGGGAAGAAGAGAAGAGUUCUGGGCUUUUCCAUCAGUCCCGGGUCUCGGGGGGCGGCUUUCGGCUGUCCUUGCGCCCCCUCCCCGCCAGGCGAUGGCUUCCAAACUCCUGCGGGCCGUCAUUCUGGGCCCUCCGGGCUCGGGCAAAGGGACCGUGUGCCAGCGGAUCGCCGAAAACUUUGGGCUCCAGCAUCUCUCCAGCGGCCACUUCCUUCGGGAGAACAUCAGGACGGACACGGAAUUGGGGGUUCUGGCCAAGCAGUACAUCGACCAGGGCCUCUUGAUUCCGGAUCACGUGAUCACGCGGCUCAUGGUGUCCGAACUGGAGUCCAGACGGGUCCAGCCGUGGCUGCUUGACGGCUUUCCCCGGACGUUAACGCAGGCCGAAGCCCUGGACAAGAUCUGUGAGCCGGACUUGGUGAUCAGCUUGAACAUUCCAUUUGAAACUCUCAAAGACCGUCUGAGCCGCCGCUGGAUUCAUCUUCCCAGUGGGAGGGUCUACAACCUGGAGUUCAACCCACCCCAAGUACAGGGAGUUGAUGACAUCACCGGAGAGCCGCUGAUUCAGCAGGAGGCCGAUAAGCCGGAGUCCGUCGCUGCUCGCCUGAGACAGUACAAGGAGGUGGCGAAGCCCGUCAUAGAAUUAUACAAGCACCGAGGUAUCCUCCACUCCUUUUCUGGGACAGAGACGAACAAAAUCUGGCCGUACGUUUACUCGCUCUUUUCCAACAAAAUGGCGUCCAUUGGAUCGAAAGAAGCCUAAUGAAGAACGUGGAGGAUGUGGUUGUUCAUUAAAUUGUGUGUGUAGUAUUGGUGCCGUGUUCAAAUUAGAAGCUAAUUGAGAUCACUUGAAGCGCCUUCCUUGCUUCUCCCAGGGAGUGGAUUUAAAGAUGAAUCUAUUUAGAGAAUUGACCAAAAGUAGGGCCCUCUACCCUUAGGAAGGAAGUCUCAAAGAGUGUAGAAAAGUAGAUGCUCGGCGUGUGUGUGGACCCCCUCGAUGAGAGCAGUAUGGGGAGGGCUCGAGCCCUGGAUGACUUCUCUCAACCGCCUCUCGUUGGGAGUGGCGGGUGGCUUUCCAUCAUGGCGCCCUCUGGGCGUGGGGAUGGUGGGAUGGUGGGGAUGGGAGCUGUGCCACCCAGCUGUGGGAAUGGAGACCUCCAAGGACUUUGGCCCCACCUUGAUGACAGAACUCCUGCCUCCGCCUCCAUCCUUGUAGCCAAGCCCCAUCUUCCCGCUGCCUCUGUCAGAGGGCUCUCUGGGCUUCUGGCUUUCCUUUUCUUCCUUCCUUCUGGACGUGAGCGCUCUCUCUCCUCGGUCCACAGGAUUUUUUUCAUGCCUCUGAGAAGAAAGGCUUAAGGACCACCUUUGCUCCUCAGCUCUGCCCCUGUGCAAGCUACCCCAUGGCUAAUGGUGGAGAUGCAUGUGCCAUUGGAAGUCUCUGACAUCCUCUUUGGAUGGAAUGAGUAGAAUCCAUUCAGCCCCGGCUUUGAGUUUCCCCUUGGUGUGCGGCUCUCCUUUCCUUUCAUGGACGAAUAGGCCCCUCCAGAGUCUUGCACUGGAUUUAGUGGCCCAGAGAGGACUCGCACACCAUCUCCUGGGCUGGAAGACCACCCUCAGAGAGUAAUUAAAGCAGGCCUAGAGGCGGUGUGGUAGAGUGGAUUGAGCACUGCUCUUGGAGUUGGGAAGAGGAGUUCCAAACCCCCUCCUGCAGAUGGCUUUUUCUUUAGCUUUGUGACUGGGGGGGGGGUGAGUCUUUUCAUGCCUGCCUCAGUUUACUUGUCCGUAUAAUGGGGGGGAGGGUUGGAUUGGAGGACCUUCCAACUCUUAACUUGAUGCUUUUACUUGAGAAGACACUUUCGUUGUUCCUGAAAAAUAAACUAUUCGAGAGAUGCUGCUAAACAUGAGUGCCCUGUCCUGGGAGGGAGCCCUACAGCACCCUUGUAGAGAUGCAGACGAGAGCCAGGGGCCCAUGUGGAGACAUAAAACCUCUGCAUUAGCUGAGUGUAGACCGAGUCUGAUAGCUUUAUUCCUAUAGGACAGAGGGUCGGGGAUCUGGAUCCUGAAGGGUGAGCCCCCAUCCUUGUUUCCUCUGGAAAAUCUGAGAAAAUGAAAUGUAUUCCUGCUGCCUUACUACUCAGGAGCGUCCUUUUCCGUGAUUGGGGGGACUUUACCUGAGGAGAUGCUCUGAUGGGGUUUCUGGAAGUGACCUCCCCCCGCUCCCCCCCAAAUGGCACCCCAAUGGGUCGAAGAGGGCCCUGUUUGGGCACUGGAUGAUGGAGCUGAAAUGCGUCCUUUACUUGCCGAAGCCCCUCUCAUUGGGUGUCUCGGCCUCGGGGACCUGGACGUCGUCUGCCUUCAGAAGGGGCCCCCAGCUUCUUGCCCAACUGUCUCUCCUCCUCUCUGCCCUGAUGGAACGGAGCUGUUGGGCUCUCUUGUGGCUGUCUUGGUGGGAGCCAAGUUUUCUACUGUUGUACCGGGUGAGUGGGUGGAAAGGGAUUGUUCAUUUUUCUGAUUUGUGUCAUUAAAGUGCCCACGAAGGGCUUUUGGAAUGUG